UGGGCACACCACACCGUUGUUUUCCCUUUUCCCUUAUAAGCUCCAUCACUUGAGCCUUGCCAAUAUCUCACACUAUUCACAAAAAAAUCUAAAUCUCCUCUCUCUCUCUCUCUCUCUCUCCAAAUCUAACUACCAGUAGCAGUUCGUCAUGGCCUCUGAGACUGAAUUUCCUGCCGAGUUUUCUUCUAUGUUUGAGAGGCUUUUAAGGCAUAGGGACCUCUCUUUGUUCUUACCUUUUAUUUUAGGGUUCACCUCCACCAACACCACAGAGCAACGUGACCCAGAUCAAGAAGCACCACAAACAACAGACCCAAAUGAAAGAAUCAUCCUUAUAAACCCUUUCACUCAAGGCAUGGUGGUGAUUGAAGGAGCCGCAAGUCUUGAAUCUUUACUUAGAGACAUAGGUAACAAGAAGGGCCAACCACCAGCCUCCAAAGCAUCCAUAGAGGCCAUGCCAAAAGUGGAGAUAGGGGAAGAUAAUAAAGAUGGUGAGUGUGCUAUCUGUUUAGAGGAGUGGGAGCUUGGUGGCGUAGUAAAGGAGAUGCCUUGUAAGCAUAGGUUCCACGGUGGUUGUGUAGAGAAGUGGUUAAAGAUUCAUGGGAAUUGCCCUGUUUGUAGGUACAAGAUGCCUGUUGACGAGGAGGAACUGGGGAAGAAAAGAGAUGAGGGAGAUGGAGGGAGAGAGAGGAGAGUUGAAAGAGAGAUUUGGGUUAGUUUUGCUUUUAAUGGUAGCAGGAGAAAUGGGGAUUCAAAUGAAAACCCUUCAAAUGAUUCUUCUACGGAGGAUCAAGAGAGAUUUUUGUAAGAUCCCCCCCCCCCCCCCUCUAUAAAUAGCAUGAACAUAUAAGUAAUUAUAUUUUAUGUUUUCAAUUAAAUAAUAUUAAUAAUAAAAAUUUGUUUCAAUUGUUGCA